AUGUCUGGGUGGUUCACCGAACUCGAAGACGUCUUGUACUCCAUAGUGGAAUAUAUCCCACUAGUCGGCACCGUGUACUCUCUAAAGCGAGCCAUUAUCGCAUAUACCACGGAGGAUUGGAAGCGAUAUUGGCAGUCCGUCGGCAACUUUCUCGAAAGCUCCGCCCGCGAUGUCAUUCUCUUAAGCGAGAUCGCCGAACCCAUCCCAGUCGUCCUUUUACACACCAUGGCCGAGUCGUUCACCGACAAAAUGCUUGAGCUCUACCAUCACGACCCCAAAAAGCCUGAGAUCGAAAUCACCAAAAACCUGGAUAAACGAAGCGGACAUGUACUCAUCGCCGAGUCCUCACAAGGCAAGUUCGAGAGUGAAGUCUUCGGAGGCAAAGCCAAGGGUCUGCACCACUUUCACGGGGCUGUGUUCAUUGGUACGCUCACUGACUCCAGAUAUGCCCCGAACGGCGAGGAGAUCCGGUUUGAUAUUCCGCGCGGAUUGUACGACGGGGCACGAGUCACCUUCUCGUGGAAAUGGACUACAGACUGGAAUGGAAACAAGAAUAGACCUGAAGCCACGUAUGGUCGUAUUAAAUUGAAAGCCGGCACACCCACGGGGUUUGAAUUGUCCAGCCGCAAGGGUGCUGCCGGAUGGGAAGGUUAUAACUUUUGGGGUCAGGUAGUCUCCAAGGACCAAAUCAAAGCAAAAACCACAAUCAAUGGUAGAGAAACUCAGAUUGUCUUCGAAAGGCUGGCCGGAACUUGA